AUGAAGAUUUUUACCAGUGCGGCGGCGCGGGGGCUCGUCUGGCUCUUCUGUCGUCGCCCUACGACGCUUGUGGCCGCGGGUGAGGCCCGUGACGACACGGUCGGUCAAAUCUUUCCAGGCGUCGCGGUCGGCGGCGUGUUGCAGCCCGACGACACAGCAGAACCGCUCGACCAGCUCAUCACACCCGAAGAACUUCACGCCGCCAUCAAGACGCUCCACAACAACCGUGCCUGCGGCCCCGACAACAUGCCGGCCGAAAUCCUCAAGGCCGUUGCCGACCUCGACGGCCCAUCCAGCUCGGCGCUGAUCUGCCUGCCCAAGCCCAACAAGCCGCAAGGCGUGUGCUCGAGCCUCCGCCCGAUCGUGCUGCUCAACUGCAUCCGCAAGGCCGUCUCUGUGAUGGAAAUACGUUCUGUGCCCUAA